UUGGAAAGAUGAGACAAUCUCACCAGCUGCCCCUACUGGGGCUCCUAUUGUUUUCUCUUAUUCCAAGACAACAAUGUGAGAUCUGUGAGGUAAGCAAAGAAAACUACACUGCUAUAAACCCUCUGAUAAGCACAAUGAUUGAUUCAAAAUAUAGCAAAGGAAUCCAAGCUGCCAAUGUACUGCUAUCCCUCAGACUUUCUGGGAUCCUGAACCAAAUCCAAGAACAACAGCUGGUUGAAAAAGUCAAUCUCACUAUAAGAAGUACAGAGCCAUCUUUAACCUCAGGACAGCUUGCCUUGGCUAUACUGGCUUUAGGAGCGUGUAAAGGGCCUACUGGAAUGUCUAUAAAUUAUUCUGAACUGGUCAAAGAUCUAGAAAAUAAAUUCCAAGCAGAAAUUAAAAAUAUGGAAGAUCAUAGUGGUAAUCCACUGACUAACUACUACCAGCUCAGCCUGGACAUUUUGGCCUUGUGUCUGUUCAGUGGGAAUUACUCAGUCAGCGAAGUUGCUAAACUCUUCAAUCCUGAAAAUAAAAAUUACUAUUUUCAUGGACAGUUCUCAGUAGAUACUGGUGCGAUGGCUGUCCUGGCUCUGACCUGUGUGAAGGGGAAAAUAACAAGAGGGCAGAAACAAAUAGAUAGAAAGGAUAUAGAGAAUAUUGAUAAACAUACAGAGUCACUGGUAAACAAGAUUCUGUCUCAGAAAACAGAAAAUGGUCUUCUUGGAAACAUAUAUAGUACAGGAGAAGCUAUGCAGGCUCUCUUUGUCUCACCCAACUAUUACAACGAAAAUCAAUGGGUUUGUGAAAAAACACGGGAUACAGUGCUCACAGAAAUUUCUCAAGGAGCAUUCCAUAUGCCAACUGCUGCAGCUCAAAUCUUACCGGCCCUGAUGGGAAAGACCUACUUGGAUGUUAACAAAGACUCUUCCUGUGUCUACAGCUCAGAUCCCUUCAACAUCACCACUCAGGAAUCUACACCAGUGACACCUUCUGUCUCACCCUCACAAAUCCAAGUAAAUUACUCUGUGGUAAUCAAUAACCAAGCAGAUAACAUCACUGUCUCUGUGGCAAAUGGUUCUGUCUUCCUAAAUGUGAUGGAACAAGCUGAGAAGAAAAAUCCAACUCUAUUUUGGUUCAAAUCAGAGGAGACCUCAUGGGGCCCCUACAUCAUCAGUGUUCGGGGCAUAAAGGCUGACCCUAAUGACAGGACCUACUGGGAGCUCCUGAGCAAUGGUGAACCCCUGAGCCAAGGACCUGGUAGUUACAUUGUCCAUGCAGGAGAUGAUUUGGAGGUUCGUUGGAGCACCUACUAA